AUGGCUUCAACAAAUUCAGAAAAACAGCGUCCCUUUGAUUUUUCAAGGUACCCUAAACGAAGGAUUGCAAUAAUGUUUCUUUAUCUUGGUUGGGAUUAUGAUGGGUUAGUUAAACAAGAAAAUACCUUAAACACUGUAGAACAGACGCUUUUCAAUGCUCUAGUUCGCACAAAAUUGAUAGAAUCAGAAGAAAAUUGUGAAUGGACGCGCUGUGGUAGAACAGACAAAGGCGUAUCGAUCAACAGACGUAUCAAGUGA